AGAAAUUCCCUUUAGUAUUGCAGGUGUUCAUUUAAAAGAUGUCCUCUAACAGAUUGUUCUACCUGGCUUUCCAGCUACUUGCUGCUAUUCACACAGGAAUUGCAAUUCAAAAUGGAACUAUAAAAGCUGCUGGAUCCUCACUGUCAUUGGAAACGCAUAUUCAGAAGCCUAUGAGGCAGCUUAACCAUACUGAGUUUCGGAAGCACAAAGGCUUUGGACAGAAGAUUCCUUUUAUUGGGCUCACAAAAACCAGUACACUGGACCAGCACUGCUGUAAGAAUGGAGGGACCUGUAUGUUAGGCAGCUUCUGCGCUUGCCCUAAGCAUUUCUCUGGAAGAUAUUGCAUUGUGGCUCUGUAUCUCAUGGACAUUGGCUGCCCAGAAAGUGCGCUCUAUGCAGAUGCAUUUAUGGAAUUAUGUAUUGCUUUCCAUCUGGGGGCUGUGAUUGAGAGGACCAUGCAAAAAGACAUUCAUGGGAAGUUGGCACAGGACGAAGGACCCUCCCACUACAUAGUCCAGGAAAAAGAUUGGAACCCACAUUUCAGCCAGCACAUGACCAGCACUUCACUGGCAUGGACAGAAAGAGACUGA